GUGUUUGUGUGUGUGUGUGUGUGUGUGUGUGUAUGCGUGUCUGUAUGUGUGUGUCUGUGUGUGCGUCCGCGCCACCCUGGGCUUGAAAUGCUGAGGCAGACGAGCGGUUUAUUUUUGGGUCAGUGACAGUGUGUCAAUGGCCGCAGAUGCGUCGCAAAGGAAGGCUCUGAGAUACCAACAGACCCUGCUUUAUGGGGAAUACCAUGAGCAUCCGGGUUCUUCCCGUCGGAGAGAGGCUACUCGCUUGUUGACAGAGAGACAAUGGAAGAAACAACACCAUCACCACGGCCACCAUCACCAUGGCCACCGUGGACACAGCCGCAGCCACCAUGGCCGACAUCACAGCCGCCACCCCGACACAGAGGCCGACGCCGGAAAAAGCCCAAAAUCCGAACAUGGCCACAUGUCGUCGCUGAAGAAGCGGCGAUCCUAUUCUAAGUGUAGAGACUGUGUGGCACGUGUGCAGAGGUUCCUGGUUUCCAGAUUGGGUGAGGACUGGAUCUUCCUGGUGUUGCUGGGUAUUACUAUGGCUUUGGUCAGCUGGAGCAUGGACUAUGCUAGUGCUAAGAGUCUACAAGCUUACAAGUGGAUCCAUACUGAGCUGCGGGGUAAUAUUCCAUUACAGUAUCUGGCAUGGGUCUCGUAUCCAAUGAUCCUCAUCAUGUUCGCCUCUUUCUUCUGCCACCUGGUGGCACCCCAGGCUAUAGGCUCUGGUAUCCCCGAGCUGAAGACCAUCCUGCGAGGUGUGAUCCUGAAGGAGUAUCUGACACUCCGGGCAUUCGCUGCAAAGGUUGUGGGCUUGACGGCCGGCCUGGGCAGUGGCAUGCCUGUAGGCAAAGAGGGUCCUUUUGUUCACAUAGCCAGCAUCUGUGCUGCUUCGCUCAGCCAGUUCAUGACUUUCUUCUCGGGGGUCUACCAGAGCCCCUAUUGUUAUACUGACAUCCUGACCGUGGGAUGUGCUGUUGGGGUGGGAUGCUGUUUCGGGACCCCCCUUGGAGGGGUGCUGUUCAGUAUAGAGGUCACCUCUACCUACUUUGCUGUGAGGAAUUACUGGAGAGGAUACUUUGCAGCUGUGUUCAGUGCCUUCAUAUUCAGAGUGCUCUCUGUAUUUAACAAAGAUGCAGUCACCAUCACUGCUCUCUUCCGCACCAAAUUCCGCAUGGACUUCCCGUUCGACCUGCAGGAGCUGCCGGCAUUUGCCGUGAUUGGCAUCUCCUGUGGGUUCCUGGGAGCCUUCUUUGUGUAUCUGAAUCGGCAGGUGGUGCUGUACAUGAGGAAGCCCAACACACUGACGCGCUUCCUCACCAGACAUCGGCUGAUAUUCCCCGGGUUUGUUACCCUAGUGAUCACCACCUUGACCUUUCCUCCUGGGUUUGGACAGUUCAUGGCUGGAGAGUUAAUGCCCAGGGAGGCCAUCAACUCUCUGUUUGAUAACUUCACCUGGACCAAGGUGUGGGGGAACCCACCUCCACCUGGCCUGGGGCGAUCUGCCGCCUGGCUGCACCCUGAUGUCAACGUGUUUGUCAUCUUGCUUCUGUUUUUUGUCAUGAAGUUCUGGAUGUCUGCUGUGUCUACCACCAUGCCCAUCCCCUCAGGAGCCUUCAUGCCUGUCUUUGUCCUGGGUGCAUCGUUUGGGCGUUUGGUGGGAGAGAUUAUGGCCUCGCUCUUCCCUCAUGGCAUCCUGUUUGACGGAAUCCUGUACCGCAUCAUCCCUGGAGGGUAUGCUGUGAUUGGUGCCGCAGCAUUGACGGGGGCCGUCACUCACACCGUCUCCACAGCGGUGAUCUGCUUCGAGCUGACGGGUCAGAUCUCGCACAUCCUGCCCAUGAUGGUGGCGGUGAUCCUGGCCAACAUGGUGGCCCAGGGCCUGCAGCCGUCCCUCUACGACUCUAUCAUCCAGGUGAAGAAGCUGCCCUACCUGCCCGAGCUGGGAUUUGGACACAUCAGUCAGUAUAACAUCUUUGUUGAGGACAUCAUGGUCCGGAAGGUAAAAUUCAUCUGUUCCCAGACAACGUGCCGAGAGCUGCUUUAUCUCCUGGACUCUGUAUCCCUGAAGACCAUCCCUCUGGUGGACUCCAGAGAAAACAUGAUCCUAUUGGGCUCUGUUGACCGGUCGGAGCUGCUGGCUCUUUGCGAUUGGUGGCUAUCUGCCGAGCGGCGAAUCAUGAUGCACAGCCAGGGCCUGCAGCAACAGGAGUCCUGCGUCAGGGCCAGCUGGGAGUCCUUCGCCUUCGUGGACGAGGAGACGGACGACAACGGAGACAAAAAUUACCCUAUCCAGGAAGAGCGAAAUGGCCCUUUCCCUUCACCGAAACCCACAGAACCAGCAGCCAAUCACACGACUCCUGAGAAAGGCCCUCUGCAGUCUGUGAGAAGAACUCUGAGGAAUAUCUUCUCAUCCCCCUCAGACAGACAAACAGAAGGUCAGACACAGGACAUCUCUCCUCCAGCCUUGACUGACUCCAUGACUCCAGAAGAGAUCAAAGCGUGGGAAGAGGAGCAGAUGGACGAGCCCUUAGAGAUCGAUCAGAUCCGCAUCGACCCUUCGCCCUUCCAGCUGGUGGAGAGGACGUCGCUGCAUAAGACUCACACAUUGUUUUCCUUGCUGGGCCUGAGUCACGCAUACGUCACCAGUAUUGGGAAACUGGUCGGGGUUGUGGCACUCAAGGAGCUCCAGAAAGCCAUCGAGGGGUCGACCCGCAGCGGCGUGAGACUCCGCCCCCCGCUGGCCAGCUUCCGGGACCCCGGCCGCAAGUCAGCCAAGCCGCACACCUCCACCUCCUCCGCCCCCUCCUCCCCGACCUCCCCGACGGACCCGACGUCCCCGUUCUCCCCCGCGCUCACCCUUCACCCUCCCCCCGCCACCCCCACCCCCACCCCGGCCCCGCCCGCGCCCGCCCCAGCGGAGGAGAUGGAGGUGUGGAUCGAGGGCGUGCGGCAGGUGCAGGUGGAGAGCACCAGCAGCAGCAGCAGCAGCAGCAGCAGCAUCAGUGGCAGCAGCAGCAGCCUCAAUAGCGCCGGCAGCGGCACCGGCACCGGCACCGGCAAUGGCGGUGACAGAGAGGGAGGUGACCCCUCGCAGGUGCCCCCCACGCCUCCGUCGCCCUCCACCAUCCCCCUCUCUACCCUGCAGCCCGUCCCUGAGGCUCUGCUGGAGGAGAGCGAUGAGGAGGAGCCCAUCUAACUCAUCGGGG